UAGAAGAGGUCAUUGAUUUUAUAAUUGAUCAACUGCAAGGUUCUGGUAGAAUGCAUGGGUACCGGUGGAUGUACACUAAGUGUGUCAGAAGAGGCAUACGGGUCAGGAAAGAAGAUGUGAGGAUUCUUUUGGCUCUUCUCGACCCCGUAAGCUCUCAAGCUCGCCAAAGACGUCGUCUUAGUCGAAGACUGUAUUUCUCUGAGGGUCCUAAUUUCAUAUGGCAUGUUGAUUCAUACGACAAACUCAAACCAUAUGGGAUAUGCAUUAAUGGAUGUAUCGAUGGAUUCUCUCGAAGGAUUAUUUGGUUGAAGGCAUCCUAUACCAACAGCAACUCCAAAGUUAUUGGAGGAUUUUUUGUGGAGGCAAUAGAGCGUUUUGGAGGUUGCCCGCGGCUUGUACGCGCGGAUAUGGGCACAGAGAACGUGACAAUAAAGGAUAUCCAGAUGUAUCUGCGGCGAAACAAUGAGGAUGACAGAGCUGGUAAUGCAAGCUACAUCACAGGAACAAGCACAGCAAACCAACGAAUUGAGAGCUGGUGGGGACAGAUGCGGAAGGCGGGCGUAGAGCACUGGAUCCAACUGUUCGGGGAACUUAAGGAUGAAGGACUGUUCAGCGGGGAUUUCUUGGACAAAGCUCUGGUGCAGUUUUGCUUUAUGGCAAUAAUUCAGGAAGAGCUCGACCAGAUUUCUGAUGUUUGGAAUGCCCACCGUAUUCGACCUUCCAGAAACACAAAUGUACCAAGUGGGAUUCCUAAUGUCAUGCACCUUGCACCACAUCUGUGGAAUACUGAAGACCUUCUUGUUCCAGUUUGUGAAGAUGAACUGGUCACUUGCAAAGAAUGUUGCCAGUUUUUGACCUCAGUUACAUGUGAUGGAGACGUGUUUGACCUGUGUUCCUUAUUUUUAGAGGACUCAAGAUUAGCUUUUCCAGUCACGGAAUCACAAGCACUGGACUUGUAUUUGUCUUUGAAGGACUGGGUACAUGCCCAAUUACAAGAUCCAUAACUUCCAUAUCGUGUUAGUAAAGAUCAGUAGAUCCUAUAACAUCCCUACGUAGUGUAUAUAGGGAGAGACUAGAACACUGACAAGAAACACUUCUGUCAUGGUUUUAACUGCUAAAAAAUAUAAAGAAGUACCAUGAGACUAUAAAUACACAGUGUCAAUGUUUUUUGUUAACAUUUUGUAACAAUUUUUAUUUGAGACAAAUGAUGUCAGUUGACAUACAAAGGUACAAUACAGAUGCAAUGAACAAUGCAAUGAACAAUGUUUCACUGAACACAACAAGGUACAACAAUUUAAAUGUUCUUAGAGAAAACAGACUUAGUAUGAAUCUCUGGAUGUGCAACACUGCAGAGACAAAAAUGUCUAAAUAAAAAGGUAUACCAUUCGACUGUAAUUUUAUAAAAUCUUUAUUCUCAGUGUAUUCUUACUUUUCAACAAUACAUCAGCUUUCACUAUAAACUAAAAUCAAAAUGUACUGAUACAAUAUGAACUUCAUCUUAAAAGGGACACUAUGAAGGAUUUUCUUGAUUAUUCAUAUAUUUCUUUUAAGAAGUAAAUUUACAACUUCUAAAUCUCUGCUCUGCUCCAUUGAGGUGUAAUACGCAGAAUAUUAUCCAUCUCAAAAAUUAUGAAUAAUCAAGAAAAUCCUACAUAGUGUCCCUUUACAAAGAAUACACAUUAGGCAUAAAACAGCCACAUAAAAUAUCUUUGCAUAAACAGUAUGCAUAAACAUAAAAAAAAAUAAAUAAAUAAAACCUGAGAUUAUUCUGGUGUGGCUUUGCCACCUAUCAAUACUUUGCAUGGAUAAAGCAUGCCUUAAUACCAACAAUGUAGAUUUUAACCACAUUUACUUUGAACAACAUUUUAAUUACAAAACCUGUUUAAUUUAAUUGUGUCAUUGUGAGGAACUAAGAAAGCAGUCAAUUUCCUAAAGAUUUUACAUACUCUGUGAUCAGUGUAUUAGAAACUCUUACUUCGUACCUAUGGUCCCCAGCCAUUUUAUAGGUUUUAUAGAUGGAUUUUAAUCUUUUACAAUUGGUUCAUGUAAUAAUUAGAGGAAUGUGGAGGGUAGAGGGUCUUGCAAGACCAGGGUUGAGAAUUUGUACACUAGAGCAGUGGUCAUGAACUCCACCUGCUCUGCAAACAUUUUUUUUUACC